UUGUUGCUUUGUUGUAUGGUAGGGUUGAGUUUGUGUUAUGUUUGGGGGUUUUCUUGGGUCGUGGAUGGUUUCUCACUUAUUGUUGGUGAAAAGAAUAAUUAGGAGUCGAGGGCGGAAUGAGAGUCUCUCUGCCUUCUCUAUUCCUUCUCGCCGCUGCGGUGGGGAGGUGGAUCUUGCGUUUCGCGGUGUCCAUCCUUGAGGCCAGUAUGAGAAAUCAGGGAUGCUCUUCGUCGGAAGGAUCGCCAGAGAUGUAUGGCGAUGAAUCAAUCAAGUGCAGGCUAUGGGGACCUAACCCAGUAUCGGCGGUCUCCUUAUUGAAGGGCGACCUGGAGGCAAUUGGUCGGCGGCGAGCGAAAAGAAACCGCCUUAAGAAGAGAUCGAGCCAAUUGGCUUUUGGUGAAGCGAAAGCUGGUGAAGAACGACCAGUCAAGCGGGGCAGAUUAAAGCCUCAGAGUUUCUGGAGAUUCAGUCUCCCCCUCUCAUCGGAAUUGGAUGAAGAUGAGGGUGAUUUUCCCCUGUUCGCGGGGUGCAGGGCUCAGCCCUCUCGGGUACCAAAAAAGACCCUUUCUUCAAGUAAUCGACUGGAUAAUCCCUUAGGGGAUGGGAUAUUUCCCAUGGUGCCAUUGACGGUGCUAGAAUUAAGAAUUAAACCUUGUGUAGCAAUGGAUUCCUCCCGGCCAAGAAAAUUAGAGGACUGGGUACAAUGGGGUUCAUUGAAGACUCUCCUCGGACAGGAUAUCGGUGGCAUAAAAAGGGUCUGGGAGAGUGAUGAUUACAACGUCCUGCGUCCGACACCCACUGUCACCGGAGACGAUAAGAACGUACAUCCGGCCAGGGGAGAGUCCCGCCGGCAAUGUGAUCAGACGCGGUUUGCCGCGAGGGGGUCGGAAUUUGGUUUGGGCGGAUUACUCGGGCGGUUGGGCGGAUUUCCUGGGAUUCGAAUCCGAAUUGGGGGAAGGGUACCCUCGGUUCAACAGAGAAAGCCUAAUCCCUUCCCAACUCUAACUGCCAACAGUUAUCUGGGAUUCUCUCUUUUCGUAGCGAAGAAGGUUUCGAUCCUCUAUAAAACAGAUGCUGCCCUCGCCCCAAAUCCUAGAAUUUGUGACAGACGCAGAGAGGCUUCCAGCGCUGAUAGCAGAGAGUUUUCCAGGGCCGAUAGCGACUUUGGAGACCCCUCUCUUCCCGCGAAUCAAGCAGGUACGGGGGUUUUUCCUCCUUCUUCCUCUUGCUUCUCUCUGAUUCCAAAGUGCUCUGUUGGUGCGACGGUCAGCUUUCCUUGGACGGCGGUUAAUCUGCAGCCUCUGUUGGUGAAGCAGAACGGGUUUCCCCUGGGCCUGGAGAGUUUCGAUCGGCCCGAUGGUAGCCUGACCGCCAGCUCAUCGUCCAGUAGCCUUGCCCCCUGGGUUUGUUUUCCACGGCCGGCCGAGGCGGAAAUCUCUCCUAGCGGGUUUCCGACAGCUUUGGCUGUUCGCAUCGACCUAGGGGCGGUGUAUGUUGAGGCUUUUGGGCUGAAAGUGGCCAGGCCCAUACCAUGGCUAAAUCUGUUUAAUAAUGUUGCUUUUACUUCGGUAGAGUUUAUUGAGUCUAAUACGCCGGGGUCUAAUUUGUGUCAGGUACCCACGAUGGCUCGUAUUGUGGAGGAUCAAAUAGUGGAAUUCUCUCUUGAUGAGGUCCAAUCAGUAAAGUUUCGCACAUCACGGACAUUGCUGGGAAGAGUAUUCUCGGAGAACAAGUUUACUCCUAGUGAGUUGCGUGAGGGCUUGAUCGAGGCCUGGCGGGUGCAAGGAAACCUAAGGGUUUCAGCCACUAAAUAUGGCCUGUUUGAAAUUGUUCUGCCUAGUGAGGAGACGAGUGUCUGGAUCCUCAAGCGUUCUCCUUGGAUUGUCAAAGACAGAAUUUUACAUCUUCGGUCUUGGACUGCAGCUAUCACGAGGCCGGUUUUUGAUGAUCUGGCCACUGCUCCCUUCCGUGUUCAAAUAUGGAAUGUGAAAGAGGAUUGCUGUACCAAACAGUUUGGUAGGAAAAUUGCUGCGGGGACGAUCGGCCAAGUCCUGGAGGCUGAUGUUUUUGCAUCCAGAGAAACAGAGGAAUGCUUUGUGAAAGUUCAUGCCCUCAUCAAUUUCACGAAACCGUUGCGGUCACAACUUAUGGCAGUUAGUCAAGAGCUGGGCAAAUUCUGGGUUAACUUCAAAUAUGAAUUUCUGCCGACUUUCUGCUACCUCUGUGGCCGGGUGGGACAUUCCAAGCCAGAUUGUGUGUUUGAUCCUCCGUCUGGUCAAGAACGGUUCGGCCCACAUAUGUCGACAAGGAAGUUAGGAAGGAAGAUCUAUAUGGAUGAGGAGGAGCUGCCAAAACCUCACCAUACCAGUAAAUCAGUGUGGGUUAACAGGAAUGUUCAAGUGCAGAAAGAAGGGUAUGCAAGGAAUGCUCGACCUCGUGAGAUACGACCAGUAUCUAUUGAUCGCUCUAUUGAUCAGACUGCUCGUCAGCAGGAGGAUCAUGGCUGCAUGGAGCCGCAACCGCGGGUGCAGGAGGCUAAACCUAAGCUUGUAGGUAAUCGUGCUAGCCCUAAAAAGGUUGUCGUCAAGGCACCAUCUCGAGUCAAGAUUGGUGGUGGGGUUCGCCUACACCAAAAGAAAGUGGCGCCCAGAGAGAAUGGGCCUUUACCCAAGAAGAGCUCCAAGGGUCGUCAGCAGAUGGGUAGGCAGGCUAGAAAGGUGGGCAAUCGCCAGCAGACGGAGGAUCAGGUUGAGCAGGUUUUUGAGGAAACUCGGAAGAGAAGGCUGAUUUUGCAGGAAGAAUCAGAAGAGGAGGAGGAGGCUGAUGUGAAAGGUGCACAGUCUGAUCAGCGGGUUCGCCCACGAUUGAAAAAGGGAGGGGUGGAGGUCAGGCGGGCUAAGUCAAAGAAGGAUGGGGGUGCGUCACAAUAUGGUGACACGCAGGAGUUGGAAGAUGAGGAGGUUGAGGUCUCUCGGGAUGAUGAGGGUCGGCGGCUGGUCAUGGAAUCGGAGGAUGAUCAAUCGAAUGAUGAACAGCUUCCGUUUGAGAUUAAGAGAAGAUCACCAGGUGGGGCAUCCAAGGAGACUCGUCGAAUCUUGUCUGGGCGAGUCCACCAAGUGGUUGAGGCAUUUGAAGCUGGGUUGGUCUUUGCUCAAGAAGAGGAGAUCCCUAUCACGGGGACUCGCUCGACGCUUAAUGAAUAUGGGUCUAAUCUCAUGGACCCAGCGGUGGACACCCGGAAGCGUGCUAUUGAUGAUUUGGAAGGGUAGUUGGGUGAUCCUCCUACCCCAAAGAAGCAAUUUGUGGAAACAACCGAUGUUCUGGAGAAGGUGGAGGAAGCCAGCCUCGAGUGGCCCCCAGUUGAUAAAUGAGGCUUCUGGCCUGGAAUGUGAGAGGAAUUGGGCCAUCCGUCACUUUCCAAACUGCUGUAGGGUUGGUUCAUUCGAAUAAACCGGAUCUCGUGUU